AGGUCUAUACAAUAAAUACUACUUAUUAAAACCAACUAUUAUAUACUCCGUUCAAUGAGUAUGUGAACUGUUACUGUCUCAAGAACAGCUUGGACCAAAAUUGACCGGUUUUGGUUUGACCGGUUGAUAAGAUUCGGUUCAAAAGUAGCUAACAACCUAACUUACUUCCGUUUCCUUCCAAAUGUUGUUGAAAAUCUAACGAGGUGGUUUUGGGGACUUAUCACUACUAAACCUUGUCUUUGUACCUGUUACUCUUCAGACAUGUAUGCCUACAAUCUCGUCGUAUUUCUGUGCUGUGUGUUCAGUUUUCCGUGUUUCAGCUGUUAACUGCAGGACUGAAAGAAGGCACGAGACGCGGCGCCUGUGAGGAAGGGACUUACCAGCAUGAAGGAAAAAUUUGCUGCUUUUGUCAGACAGAGUGAUAUGAGACACGAAUGUAACGUUUCAUCAGUGUGUUGGGUAAACGGAGAAACGUUGGGCACCCAGUAGAUUUUUCAAUGCUCAGUGACAAAAAAGGAUCAAGUAUUUCAGACAACAAUAAUUAUCUUAAUUUAGAAGAAACCAAAGGAUGCUCUGGAGGGUAUAUGUGUGUAUUUGUGUGUUAUAGGUUACCGGGUCACAAAUGACUGCACAGACAAAAAUGAAACCCAUUGUGAGAGGUGUGAGGAUAGCACCUAUAUGGAUCACCCGACCAACGAUCACAAUUGCCAGCCUUGUCAAAUCUGCGAUUCCAAUACAAACAUGGAGACGAUGGUGAGAUGUUCAUCAUUUCACAACACUGUCUGCACGUGCAAGGAGAAUCAUUACUGUGACAAGGGUGACCUGUGCAAGGCGUGUUAUCCCUGUGACACGUGUGAGCAACAUGGAGUGAAACAACCAUGCACAAAAACCACCAACACUGUGUGCCAUGAUCCCAAAGGGCCUGCUGGGAUCAUUGCAGCUGUUUUGGUGUCAGUCAUACUUGUGGCUGGUGUGGUGGUGUAUUAUCUAUGGAGAAAACAAAAGUUUUGUUUUAAGGACAGAAAGAACGGAGGGAAUCCUGAGGAAGACCUUCCCCUGAAAGAUAUAGACCUGAAUCCUCACCUAUCAGAAAUUGUUGAUAUUCUGGGCUGGAAAAUGAUGAAACGUGUUGCCCAGCGCAGUGACAUGAGUAUAACUGAUAUUGAGGAACAUGAGCUUAAUCACCGUAAUGAUGUAAAGGAACAGACCUUCGCACUUCUGCGAGCUUGGUCCCAGAGACAAGGUUUACAUGGAGCCUACCCAGCUCUCAUCAAAACUCUUCGUCACAUGAAGGAAAGAAGAACAGCAGAUGAGAUCCAGAAAAUUGUUGAGAAACAACCUAAAGCUCUGCCAUAGACUGAAUGAUUUUUGUGUUAAGUUUUUUUAUAUAUAUAUAUAUAUAUAUAAAAAUAUAAAUAACCCUAUACGCACACACAAAGAAAACAAGUCGAUAGAAUGGAGAGUUCUGGUAUUAGAGGAUCAAGUGUAGAUGGAAGAGAUGUGUCUUUAGCCGUUUCUUGAAGCUGCUCGGAUUGAGUUGGGCAGGUCAUUCCACCAGCAGAGAACAGUUAAGGUGAAAGUCCGUUAAAAUGAUUUUGUGCCUCCUUGGGAUUGCACUACAAUGCGCCAUUCACUUGCAAAAUGCCAGUUUCUGGAGGGCACAUAAGUUUGAAGUAGGCUAGUGAAUUUAGGUAAAUGGGUACAGAGCCAAUGGUCAUUUUGUAGGCAAACAUCAAUGUCUUGAAAUGUAUGUGAGCAGCUAUUGGUAGCCAGUGCAAAUUGAUGAACAGAGGUGUAGCAUGCGCUCUUUUCGGCUUGUUAAAAACUACAUUCUGGAUUAGCUGCUGACAUUUGAUAGAACUAGCUGGAAGACCUGCAAAGAGAGUUUGAAAAUAUGUUGAAAAUACCAAGAGCAGAAUUUGAAUUUCUUAACCUGCCUAAAAGAUGUUGAUCAGUCAAAACCAAAAAUUCUAGAUAUGAAUUGUUUGCUAUAUUUGGUCAUUUACAGCUGGAAGCAUGAUAGCUAAAAAUAAGUAAUUUUAGACUGAUCUGUAAACAAAGUCAAAUAAUCAGAAUCAUUCCAUCUUAUUUUUGUCAAAUUUCCUUUUCUCUCAGUAUACCUCCAUCCUGACUUUAAUGUUAUUAGUUUAAUGUUAAUUUUAGUCUUCUUACUAUGAUGUUAUCCUGCUUAGGAUUUCAGAAUGAAUUGUAUCAUUGUUUACAAUGCCAUCUGUAAGUGCUGGGUCGCUUCACUUGGAACAAUAAAUGUUUCAAGUAAUUGCAGCCCUGUUUCUGUACAAAAUAAAAUAAAAGGUAACACUUUAUAAUAACUGCACGCUAUGAAUCAUUAGGUAAGCAUUAGUAAAUAGUCAGUUCAUCCUUUAUAAAGCAUUGUUCCAACAUUAAUAGUCAUUAGUAAGCAGUUUAUAAAUACAGCUAUAAAUGCCUUAUGCUUACUGUAUAAAUCAAGAACAUCUAUUACAAAGGAGAUUUAAAGGCUCAUUUAUCUUCCUAACAGAAAAAAAUAAACAACACAGAGGGAUACAGAACUCAGAAAUAUUUAUUUCAAGAUGAAAAAAAUAAAUAAAUUUAACUGUCCAACUGUACACUUAAAUUUUUCUUUUACAGUUGUACAGUUUCCUUUUUGCAUCAUGAAAAAAUAUUUCUGUGUUCUGUAUCCCUCUGUGUUUUGUUUAACUUGUCUGUUUGGAAGAUAAAUGAGCCUUUAAAUCUCCUUUGUAAAUGCUUUACGAGGUAUGAAUAGUCCUCACUUUAGAUGAGCUCACAAAAAUAGAUGGCUGGCAACUACUAAAUGUUUUAUAACUACCUGACUUAAUCAUGAAUUACAGCAGGAACAUGUGUUAAUAAAGCAUUUAUUAACCCACUGAGCAACUAUUAUCAUGUAUCUAAAUAAAAAGAUUCAUAAAUGUACAUUUAAAUAGUUUAUUAAUCAUUUACUUACACUUUCUAAAUAAUCUUAUGAACCACUGACGACUCCUAAAUAACUGGUUUGUAAAUAACGUAAUAAUUUAGAAAUUAUAAACUGAUCAUUAAUAAAGUAUGAAAAUACAAUUAUUAAACAUUAUAGAUAUGCUCAAGAACAAAACAUUUAUAGCUGUAUUUAUAAACUGCUUACUAAUGCCUAUUAAUGUUGGAACAAUGCUUUAUAAAUGAUGAAUUGACUAUUUACUAAUGAUUAACUAAUGAUUAAUAGCGUGCAGUUAUUAUAAAGUGUUACCAAAUAAAAUUCUGUACAACAUAAAAUGUGGUCAGACUUUGAAUUGUGACAUUUUCAGAGCCACAACGGUCCAAACUCGAUCAAAUUCCUUCAAGUCCAGCAUAUAGUGCAAAAUCCAAUUUCACAAAUGUAGUGAUUUUUUUUCAGCUUUAUGAUAAAACUAUCACAGAUUUGUUCACUGACAGCUGGCAGAAUGAUAACAACAAAUGGGUCAUUUUAGACUGAUCUAUAAACAAAAUAAAUCAAUCAGUGUUAUUCAGUCUCAUUUAAGCAUCAAAUUUCCUUUUCUCUCAGUAUAUUUUUCUCUCCACCCUGACUUUAUUUACUUGUAAUUUAAUAUUAUUUUUAAUGACUUACAAUGUUACCCUGUUCAUCACAGGUAGGUUUUCAGAAUGUAUUGUAACUUUGUUGUAAGUGCUGGGUCACUUAACUUGAAACAAUGAAAGAUGAUGUUUCAAGUAAUCGCAGCCCUGUUUGCUGAGGACAUCUGCUGUACAAAAUAAAAUUAUCUGGUUAAGGCUUUAAAUGUGGCAAAGCCACAAUGGCUCAAACUCAACCAAAUUGAUUCAAAUUCUCCUAAUUAGUCCAUCAUAUAGUGCAAAAUAAUUUUCCAAUUUUACAACUGUAGUGUUAUUUCAGCUUUCUGAUACGCUAAUAUCGAUCGUGUUUAUACAUUUAGUAGAUCUCAUUAACCUUCUGUCCUAUAAUGAUAACAAAAGUAUUUUUUUAAAUAAAAUAUAUUUAUUUAUUAGCCCUGAUGAAGGCCUGUGUGCUGAAAAGCGUUGGCAAAAUAAAUAGUAAUUUUUUCAAUUCCAUUCUCUGUAUAGUUUGAUUUCUCCACUACACAAGUGUUGCUGGUUUUGUUUUUAAAUACUUUUGACUUCUCCUUCCAUGAACCCUGUUGAUUGUGUGAAGCUGCACCAGAAUAACUAUACAACAUAGCUAUAAUGAUAACAAUGCAUGUCAUAAAUAGUUUCAUCCUUAGUCAUAUAUAUUGCAUGUAAUUACCCUGAAAUGUUCCAUGGAUAUUGCAUGAAAACAAAACCUUGCGAAAAACAGAAACUUGACCCCAUGUGUUAAAUGGCCUUGUUUUGGAGAUAAUGUUGCCAUUUAUAAAUACAUAAGAGAGCUCAUACAAAGUGCAAAUCACUACUGCUGGAGAAACACAUCUACCAAACCAGAUCACUG